UAAUGACACCGCCUGUCCACCAGGUGUCAGUGUGGCGCCACCUGCGGCCGUAAACACUGACAGCUCUGUUCCGUUCGUAUCUGACCCCAGUUCCACUCAGCUCCGUCAGCUGGACUUCAGAGUUUUAGGGUCCAAUUAAUGCAGUCCGUGAUCAUGAAGAGCUCCAAAGAGGCCGUGCAGUCUGCAGCCAGAGAGUUUCUGCAGUUUGUCAACAGAGGAGUGUCUCCAUAUCACGUGGUGGAAGAAUGUAAGCGCCGUCUGCUGGAGGCCGGAUUCAUCGAACUGAAGGAGGCUGAGAAGUGGGACAUCAAACCGUCCAGCAAGUACUUUGUGACCAGGAACUUCUCCAGCCUCAUUGCCUUCGCUGUGGGUGGACGUUACCUUCCUGGGAACGGCUUCUCCAUGAUCGGAGCCCACACAGACAGCCCCUGCCUCAGGGUGAAGCCUCGGUCCAAGCGGACCAAACAGGGCUGUCUGCAGGUGGGUGUGGAGUGUUACGGCGGUGGCAUCUGGAACACCUGGUUCGACCGGGACCUGACGGUGGCAGGGCGUGUGAUGGUAAAGAGUGAUGAGCAUCUGGUCCAGCGGCUGGUCCACGUGUCCAGGCCUCUGCUGCGCAUCCCACACCUGGCAAUCCACCUGCAGAGGGAUGUCAACGACUGCUUUGGACCCAACAAGGAGAACCACCUCGUGCCCAUCAUCGCCACCGCGGUCCAGGAGGAACUGGAAACAGGCUCUGCUUCAUCUGGAGACGCCAGCUCUGCCACCAGCACGGUGGACAAACACCACCCGGCGCUGGUCCAGGUUCUGUGUUCAGAGCUGGGCGUCCAGCCUGAAGCCCUGCUGGACUUUGAACUGUGUCUGACUGACACUCAGCCGGCGGCGAUGGGUGGUGUGUAUGAGGAGUUUAUUUUCUCUCCUCGUCUGGACAACCUCCACAGCUGCUACUGCGCCCUGAAGGGUCUGCUGGACUCAUGCACCGGAGACUCUCUGGACCAAGACCCAAAUGUCCGUAUGAUCACCCUGUACGACAACGAAGAGGUGGGUUCAGAGAGCGCUCAGGGCGCCCAGUCCAACCUGACGGAGCUCAUCCUCAGCCGUCUGGCCUCGUCCUCCUCCAACCUCACCGCCUUCCAACAGGCGGCGCCGCUGUCCUUCAUGAUCAGUGCCGACAUGGCACACGCCAUCCACCCCAACUACCAGGAGAAACAUGAGGAGAACCAUCGACCUGCCUUCCAUAAGGGUCCUGUCAUUAAAUUCAACAGUAACCAGCGUUAUGCCACCACUGCUGUCACUGCCUCUGUGGUCAGGGAGGUGGCCACCAGGGUGGGCGUGCCCAUGCAGGACGUGAUGGUGCGUAACGACAGCCCGUGCGGAACCACCAUCGGGCCCAUCCUGGCGGCCCGCCUGGGCGUCCCCGUGGUGGACGUGGGAGCGCCGCAGCUGUCCAUGCACUCCAUCAGAGAGAUGUGCUGCACCUCCAGCGUCCUGCAGAGCACCACCCUGUUCAAGGGUUUCUUCCAGUUGUUUCCUGCCAUCAGGAGCGCGCUGGUCGUCGACUAAACAC